GAGGGGCCUGUGCCCGGGAGCAGCGGGGACCUAUUUGCUGGUGGGAGAGGACUCGGGCUAAGGUGGCCCCCACUGAAUACUCCUGCUAAGCAAUCCACUGAAGACCCACCGAAACAUCGACGGGACGUCCUUGGCGUGCAGCCCAGGGAGCUCAGUUCACAGCCUUGGGGCGCGCGGCCCAUGGAGUCGGGGCUGCUGCGGCCGGCGCCAGUGAGCGAGGUCAUCGUCCUGCAUUACAACUACACCGGCAAGCUCCGCGGUGCGCGCUACCAGCCCGGUGCGGGCCUGCGCGCCGACGCCGUGGUGUGCCUGGCGGUGUGCGCCUUCAUCGUGCUAGAGAAUCUGGCCGUGCUGUUGGUGCUUGGACGCCACCCGCGCUUCCACGCGCCCAUGUUCCUGCUCCUGGGCAGCCUCACGUUGUCGGAUCUGCUGGCAGGCGCCGCCUACGCCGCCAACAUCCUACUGUCGGGGCCGCUCACGCUGCGACUGUCGCCCGCGCUCUGGUUCGCACGGGAGGGAGGCGUCUUCGUGGCACUCACCGCGUCGGUGCUGAGCCUCCUGGCCAUCGCGCUGGAGCGCAGCCUCACCAUGGCGCGCAAGGGGCCCGCACCCGUCUCCAGUCGGGGGCGCACGAUGGCGAUGGCGGCCGCGGCCUGGGGCGUGUCGCUGCUCCUCGGGCUCCUGCCAGCGCUGGGCUGGAACUGCCUGGGUCGCCUGGACGCCUGCUCCACUGUCCUGCCGCUCUACGCCAAGGCCUACGUGCUUUUCUGCGUGCUCGCCUUCGUGGGCAUCCUGGCCGCCAUCUGUGCGCUCUACGCGCGCAUCUACUGCCAGGUGCGUGCCAACGCGCGGCGCCUGCGGGCGCGGCCCAGGACUGCAGGGACCACCUCGACCCGCGCGCGUCGCAAGCCGCGCUCGCUGGCCUUGCUGCGCACGCUCAGCGUGGUGCUCCUGGCCUUUGUGGCAUGUUGGGGCCCACUCUUCCUGCUACUGUUGCUCGACGUGGCGUGCCCGGCGCGAGCCUGUCCUGUACUCCUGCAGGCUGAUCCCUUCCUGGGACUGGCCAUGGCCAACUCACUUCUGAAUCCCAUCAUCUACACGCUCACCAACCGCGACCUGCGCUACGCGAUCCUGCGCCUCGUCUGCUGCGGCCGCCACCCCUGCGGCAGAGGCCUGGGUGGCUCCCAGAAGUCGGGAAGCGCGGCUGAGGCUUCCGGGGGCCUGCGCCGCUGCCUGCCCCCGGGCCUGGAUGGGAGCUUCAGCCGCUCGGAGCGCUCGUCGCCCCAGCACGACGGGCGGGACACCAGCGGCAUCACAGGCAGCCCUGAUGCACCAACAGCCGCCCGGACUCUGGUACCAGAACCUGCUGCAGACUGACAUCCUCGGCUCACGACUGUUCUCCCAAGUUUUACACACUUGUUCUUUUUACAUAAAGGAAUUUGUAGGAAAUGCAGCUGAAGGUGCAGUCGGGAAAGAUGCAGGGAAAUGUAUUUAUGGAGCGACACCCCACAACAGUGAACAAACAGACAAAAAUCUGUGUCCUCGUGGACUUGACGUUCUGCUUGGGAUCACAGAAAAGAACUCGGUGAUGAAAUAAUGGAGAUGAUUCCAGUGACACACGACAGAGAUGGCAAUGGUGGUCAGGGAAGGCCUCUCUGCGGAGGUAGUGAUUUGUGAUGUGAGCUGAGGCUUCUGUCCUGGGAAGACCAAAAGAAAAAGCAUUUCAGGAUGAGGGAAUGGCAUGCGCAAAGGCCCUGAGGCUGAAAUGUGCCCGUGUGUUCUAAGAAAGGCAGGGAUGCGGGUGUGCCUGGAGCAGGGAUGGAGGGGGAGAAUGGGAGGAGACAAGGAGCUGAAGGAGUAGUUCCCGAAGGACCUUGUGGGUGACAUGGAGGACUUCGCUUUUGCUCUGAGUGAGGUGGGAGCCAUAGAAGGUUCUAAGCUGAGGAGGGACUUGCCCUGAUUCAGAUAAUCACAGGCGUCUUGUGGCCUCCAUCACAGGGUGAAAGCCAGAGAAGGUGAGGGGGGCUGCACUGAGCCACAGGAACAGUGAUGGAGACUCCAGUGAAGCCCAGACCCGGUGGAUUCUAGAUAGAUUUUGGAGGCAGCAGACAGAAUUACUGAGGAAUUGAGUGUAAGAGUGGAAUAAAGUUGUCAAGGACAAUGCCAAGGGCGGGGCAUCCCCACAUUUGACUCUGGGAGACUCAGCCAAAUCCUAUCUGAUAAUAAAAUUCCUUUUUUCUUUUUC